UUACUUUCAGAAGUACAGAAACCCAGUGAGACAGGCAAGUGCAGAAAGCAGCUCUUGCCUGAGAGGAUUAUUAGAAUUGGAACCAAGUGGUGGGUGGGGUGGAACUAUGUCUGAACGGAGCCCACUACUUACCUAUCGUCUCAGCCUGUCAACAGAAGAGCCCCGUCAGAAUGGGACCAAACGCAGUGGAAGGCGCCCGACUACCGGAAAACUCUCCACCUUCCUGGGGGUGGUUGUGCCCACCUUGCUGGCCAUGUUCAGUGUGGUGCUCUUCCUUCGGAUUGGAUUCGUGGUAGGACAAUCAGGACUCUACGAAACAGUGGGAAUGCUUAUACUGUCCUAUUUUAUCAUCAGCAUGACUGUUCUUUCAGUCUGUGCCAUUUCUACCAACGGGGCACUGGAUGCGGGUGGAGCUUACUAUAUGAUCAGCCGAGCUCUGGGUCCUGAAUUUGGAGGUAGCAUUGGAAUUAUGUUUUUCUUGGCCAAUGUGUGCGGCAGUGCUUUAUACAUACUUGGUCUGGUGGAAGCCAUUGUGGACAUGUUUGGCUUCUCACCCGACCAUGCAGAGAAAAGUGGACUUCAUGUUCUUCCCAUAACGUACUGGUACGAGUUUCUCUAUGGCACAGUUCUACUUUUGAUCUGCCUUGUUGUGUGCCUGGUUGGAGCCAGCAUCUACGCCAAGGCCACCUUCAUCAUUUUCCUGGUAGUCAUGGUGGUUUUGAUCAGUGUCUUUAUUAGCUUUUUUGCUGUGAAAGAAACGGUAGUUCCACUCACAUUUGGCAAUAACACUAUUCCAAUCAAUGGAACAUUUACAGGCUUCAAGCUCUCCACCCUCAAGAACAAUCUCUAUCCCGACUAUUCAGUUGAUUACACCACAGGAAAGAUGAUGAGUUUUACUACAGUCUUUGCUGUAAUGUUCAAUGGGUGCACAGGGAUAAUGGCUGGAUCAAAUAUGUCUGGCGACCUGAAGAACCCAAGCUUCUCAAUCCCUAGAGGAACAAUCACUGCAGUGAUUUUUACUUUUAUUAUCUACAAUUUGUUGUCCCUGAUGGUCUGUUGUACCUGUGAGAGAACCCUUCUGAAGUAUGAUUAUGGCUUCUUACGGGACAUCAAUAUCUGGCAUCCUUUUGUCACCAUAGGAAUUUAUUGUUCCACCCUGUCAGCUUCAAUGAGCAAUCUAAUUGGAGCUUCACGUAUUCUCUAUGCCAUGGCAAAAGAUGAACUUUUUGGGAAACUCUUGAUGCCAGCAAAGAAGACAUCCCGAGGCGGAAAUCCCUGGGUAUCUGUUAUUAUGUCUUGGUUUAUCGUUCAGUUGGUGCUGUUUACAGGAAAGCUAAACACUAUUGCUGCCAUUGUGACAAUUUUCUUCCUGUUGGUGUAUGCAGCAGUAGGACUAGCCUGCCUCGCACUGGAAUGGGCAUCUGCCCCAAACUUCAGGCCCACAUUCCGCUACUUUACGUGGUAUACGUGUAUCCUGGGGAUCUUGGGUUGUUUAGUCAUGAUAUUCCUUAUUCAACCAAUCUAUGGCUCUGCAAGUGUGGUCUUUAUGCUGCUACUUCUCCUGUGUCUGCAUUACCUUACACCCAACCAUAGCUGGGGCUUCAUCAGUCAGGCCCUCAUCUUCCAUCAGGUUAGGAAGUACCUUCUCAUGCUGGAUGUGCGUAAGGAUCAUGUCAAGUUCUGGCGCCCCCAAAUUCUUCUGAUGGUCUCCAAUCCUCACAACCACAAAAGCCUUAUCGCAUUUGCAAAUGACCUGAAAAAGAGUGGACUAUUUGUACUGGGGCACGUGGAUCUGGAUGAACUCGAUGUACUGCCAUCAGAUCCUCUGCAAACACAAAAAGACAUAUGGCUGCAGCUGGUGGAUGAACUCAACAUCAAGGCCUUUGUCAACCUAACUCUUUCUGAUUCUGUCAGACAUGGUGUUCAGCAGCUGCUCUUCAUCUCUGGACUGGGUGGGAUGAGGCCAAAUACUGUUGUUCUUGGGUUCUACAGCCGAUCAGCUCCUCAGGACUUGCAAAAGAAUGAACAAGAAUUGGACACAGAAGAUUCUUUUAUGUUUUCCUCAGCUGGCAGAAGGCCUUCUACAACCAACUUUUCACCCUGGGAAUAUGUGGCUAUUAUUUCAGAUACCGUCAAGAUGUCUAAAAAUGUGGUGCUAGCAAGAUACUUCUCUGAUUUUGACAAGUCUUCUGUGUGUAACCCUCGUGGGAAAGAAGCAUACAUUGAUGUAUGGCCACUUAACCUUCUGCGUCCAGACAGCACAGCUUAUGUGGACACCAGCAGUUUGUUUUUAUUGCAAAUGGCUUCUGUGCUGAACAUGGUGAGGACUUGGAAAAAAGCUAAAAUGCGCCUGUUUUUAUGCGUUGAGGAAAACAGUGGCUUACAGGGCCAAGAGGUCAAACUAAAGCAGUUACUUAAAGACCUUCGAAUCAAGGCUUCCAUCUAUACAGUUGCAUGGGACCCUGUAGUUGCUUUGCACUGGCACAAGCAGGUCACUGUAGACUCGGAAGUGGCAGAGGAGGUCUACCUGAACUUUCCCAAUAACUCUAUACAGGUUUCUGAAGAAUAUUUGGAGGCUGUAAACCAAAUGAUCUUGGCGCAGAAUCCCAUGUCUCCUCCAGCUGUGAGAUUUCUUUACCUCCCACGUCCUCCGGCAGACACAUCAGUCUACAGUAGAUUUCUUCACCAGCUGGAAACAUUAACCCGAAACCUAGGUCCCACUUUGCUCAUCCAUGGAGUUACUGCUGUCACAAGCACUGAAUUAUAAAAAAUAUAAGGAAAUAAAUAGUGAUUACAUUUUUAAGCAAUGGUAUACUGCUCUAGACUGAGUACAUACCAAAGAAAACCAAACUGGAAAUGCCUUGAUUAUCCAAGCAUGUCUGAUAUAUGAUAUCAGCUUGUUACACUUUAAUUUAGAAACCAAAGAACCAAUAGCCAUCUCUAUGGUGCAGGUAGCAUACAGUACAUUAUCCUCAUUGAAAGUGUACAUGAUGCAAUCUUUGAUGCAUUGGGUCAUUACUGGGUUUUAUUCUGACUCCUUAGUUGACACAUAAAAGUAUUUCAUUACUGUUUUGGGGUUUUUUUGGAAUCAGAAUGUACUCCUUGAUUUCAUUUAAAGAAUGUACCUAUGCUGUACUAUUUCUGAACUUUAUUAUGUUAAGACACUGAUUAUUUUAUCUUGGACUUCAAAACUGAAUGUUUUUGAUAAACAAAACUGAUUUAACUAGUUAAAUAUCAAACAGGUUUACUAUAUUUAUCACAGGUCUUCAACCUGACACUUGAGUGGAAUUUUCACCUGGAUAUGCUGAUAAAAAAGUGGAAGAGUUCGAAAAUUUGCUGUUGGAAUUGUUUACCCAUUUGAAAUUGACCCGGUAGUAAGAUUUGGGGGACUAUUUCUACUUAUUAUAACUGUUAGUGUGACAUUGAUCUAUAUAGACAGUAGCAACUCUGCAGAGCACUGAACACUCAUGUGAUUCCAGCAUUUCUGAACCAUCUAUGAAUUAGGAGGUCUUCCAUGCCCAUGAGACUAACUCAUCUCCCCAUAACCUUGUGCUGGAUUGAUGUGCAAUAGUAGUUUGGGCAAUGCCUGGAACAGAGACAUUUUUUUCCAAAAGUGAUGGUAUUACUGCCUCCUUACAGUCUAAUUACAAUCUCAUUUGAGCCUGAGCACUAAGCUCUCUUAGUUUCAUUAAUUUCUCUUGUGUCCUCGGUUAAAUCGCCGUUAACAUUGAAAACGUAAGAAUUAAAUUGCAUUUGCUUUAAAUGCAUAACACCUAAAUAGUCUGAUCACUUUAACUCCUCACUGACUCUUAGGGAAAUUACUGAUUCCCUGUAUCGUGUACAAAAACCGAACCAUAGAAAUAAACAUGGCGUGUCUGUAAUUAAGUCUGCAUGUCAUAAAAUUGCUUGAAUAUUUUCCUGCCAAUUUUACAAUUUAUUUUUCCUUGCUACCUUUGAAGUUAAUAAUAGGGGAUCGGCUAGAGUGAUUUUCCUCCCAUGAACCAGCUCCCAAUGGCCAGGCUUCUCCCUGGGGUGGCAGUAUUAUUAAUCUGUCCUGUUAUAUGCUUAUUUAUACCUCAUUGCCAUCUUGCUAGCCCAUAAAGAGCUAUGUAUUCUGCAAUGAUUACAUUUUUUCUAUUAUCAUUGUGAAAUGACAAUCAUUUUAGAUGUUCAUGAGCUAUAGCCCCACUGUACUUACAAAUACAGUAUGUACAAUAUAAACAUUACUAAGUGGCAGACCUUAGUUGCAUAUAAGUCAUUGGUGCUUGGAUCACCAGUCACCCCUCCCCUUCAUGCUUCCAAGAGGGUUGACCUGGCACACUUCCAGCAGCUUGAAUAUUUUUGGGAAAUGUUUUUCCUAGAAGCUAGUGGGGCACAAAUCGGCCUUACUAAAGAAACCUUUAAGUGUAUCAAAUCACAGGGAGCACGAAAUAAAUGUAUUAUAUUAGUUCUCUGUUGCAAAGAUUUUACAAGUUAUGCAGAGAUUGCUUUAAAAAUUUAGAAAUGUGAGAAAAAAUGUUACAGUAAAUAAAAUAACAGAUUAGAGAAAGUGGCGCUUCACUCCUUGCUUUUAACAAAAGCACGCAUUUGAAAUGCUUACAUUAGCAUUAGCAAUAAGGGCUAAUAUUUUGUAUGCCUAGUAGUACCAGUAAAAAAAAAAAAGCCAGAAGUUCCUGCAGUAAAAUGGGUUCCUUUUUAUAGUGCUAUUUUUCUAUUUUAAUUUAUCUUCAGAGGCGUAAUUGCUUUAUUUUAAAUCUUUUUCUCCCCAUUUCCCAAUGCAGCUGUCUUUUGAAGCAGAUUUGCCUGAUGCUAAGAGCCAGAAUUACAAAUAGGAUCUGCUGUUCCCACUAAUUCAUCUGACAUAUUUUAAGCGGAGAAUGUGUUGCAAAGUCGUUUAGACACUUUAAAAAGAACUCUCCCUUGCAGCACUGUGAUGUCCACAACGUGUGUUAUACUCCUCUUGAAACUGAAUCUCCCCAGCUUGCAGUAUACUUUACGUGAAACUGGAACUUUACAACGCAUAAGGGGUAAUUUACAACUACAACAAAAAUGUGAGCAUGAAGGGGCGCAAAAGUUCACCCUUUUGUGCUCAUUUUAAGAGUACUUCUGACUGCUCUCACACCAUGUGAAGGAUACAAAAUCUGGUGCGAGAUACAAGCAAAGCCUUGGUGGGUGCAAGCCAGCACUGUCCUUGGAUAUAUAGGCACCCCCAGUGAAUUGCACUUUUCCUUUAAUAAGGCACUGGGGAGUUAUAUAUUUAAACAUAGUGAUCUUAAUCCCAAUGUGGCCAGUCUGAAUGCUGAAACUGAAAUCCUCCAUACCCUUUGUAAGCACAGUGGCUCUUUCGUGCACUGUAUUUCAGUAAAUGAUUUUGUUGGCUACUAAAGACCAAAGCAAGAGUGCAUACUGUAGAUGGAGCAACACAAAUAUAUAUUGCUGUCCCUCUCUGUUGCUUACUAGUAUUGCUUCCUAUGAAUACAUUUAUUAUUCCAAGUAAACUAAGGUCCUUUUUCAUCAGUGUUUCACCAUUCCAUCUUUUUAUUUUUCUACAAUGAUGCAGUACACAAAAUUAUAAGAUGUAUCAUUGACAAACACUCUGUAGAUUUCUCUAAUCACAUACAAUGCUAAUCUCCAAAAUGGACAGGUCGGAAACCAAACAUGUUGAUGGCACAAAAUGUACAGUAUUUAAUUUCUGGGCCGUGCCUUCUUUUUGGUUAUUGUAUCUGGUCUCAUUUAUUGUAAUGCCUUUGUUAGAUAUCACGUACAUGUUUGCUUGUCAGUUAAUGGUCAUAUUACUGUAACAAUCUGUACAUUUUUGAUGUACCCAUGGGCUGUUAAGCCAUGUUAAUCUUUUUUCCUUAAACUCAUUGUGUGGCGCUGCUAGAUGUGAAGAGGUUACAAGAACAUCCCAUUGUGAUUGUGACAGUAGCUUGUCAGCUGAGCUGGACCUUGUGUCCAAUUGUAAGUAACAUUGAUCAAUUCAAUUUAAAGUGCCAUUGUGUCACAACUGCCUUUCUUUCUUCUGGGGAUUCACUUCCCCGACCAUCCUUUUUAAUUGCUCCUGACAUCCCGCUGUAUUACAAUGCUCUUCAGAGCUCAGAUACAGUAUAUUAACGUUCCUCUGAACUUGUCCUCUGGCAGUAGUGAGCAAUAUCUCCCUCGAAAGACAUGCAUAUUAAAUUCCGAGCUGUAAUUGGGGCUAAUCGCAGAGCAAAUUCCCUUUAGAACUUGCUCUAGAAAAGAGGAAAUUUUCAGCUCUACGAAUCUGUCACCAUUAAUGGCAUCUUGUGUGCUAUUUUAUUUAGGGGUUAAAUAGUUUUAGAAUUGCCGCUUUUUACCGUUAUUCAGCAAGAGAGCGAAAUUUAAUGUGAAUUUUCAUUAACCAAGAGGCCAGUACAUCAUAGCUUGUUUCUGGCAGCAAUUAUUCAUCAAAAAGGUGUUCUAACAAGUAAGCAGUAUUUUUUAUAGACACAAAAUGAUUCUCUUAUGACCAAAAGACAAUAUAUGUUACCUAAGGGCUGCCAUUUUCAAGGUUUUUGUCUUGAGACUCUAUUGUAGUUUACACAAAAACUUAAAGGAAUAAUACGUCACAAUAUCCCUUUUUAACCUUAGCAUUCUCAUUUUCUGUGCAUAUUUACUUGUGGUGUAAAAUUUUGUUUAGAAGUAAUUUUUUUAUAAAAUUUCAUUGUUAUGGGCUGGCAA